UGGUCUGGAGUGAUGACAAAGUUCAGUACAUAUACCCUCCCAUUCACACAGAGAUUCCUUAUCUCCUCACUGCUCCCUGAGAUCUACACCCUCAUCCGCAGAGAUUCACCCAUAGAUACUCUCUGUCAUCCAUCAUCAGUGAGUUAACAGGGAGCCUGGGAGAUCAUGAAGCUGAAGUUGCCGAAUCCAGGCCUGGAGGACAGGAUCCUGACCCAUGAUGAACUGGACAGGCUGGAGGUCGAGGAAGCAGGAGAAAGGCCCAAGUGGGAUAACAAAGCCCAGUACAUGCUGACCUGUGUGGGCUUCUGUGUGGGGCUGGGCAACGUCUGGCGUUUCCCUUACCUGUGUCAGAGUCACGGAGGAGGGGCUUUUAUGAUUCCUUUUCUGAUCCUGUUGGUUUUUGAGGGCAUCCCUCUUCUUCAUCUUGAGUUUGCCAUUGGUCAGAGGUUGAGGAAAGGAAGUGUUGGAGUGUGGAGAACCAUUAACCCAUACAUGCUUGGAGUUGGUAUUGCGUCAAUGUGUGUGUCCUUUCUCGUCAGUCUGUACUACAACACCAUCAUAGCAUGGGUCAUGUGGUACUUCUUCAAUUCCUUCCAGGAUCCGCUGCCCUGGAGCCAUUGUCCCAUCAAUAUCAACAGGACAGGACUAAUACCUGAGUGUGAAAAAAGUUCACCUGUGGAUUAUUAUUGGUAUAGAGAGACUCUUAACACCUCUGCAGCCAUAGAUGAGACAGGUGGAAUGCAAUGGCCAAUGAUACUCUGUCUGAUCUCAGCCUGGGCAGUGCUGUACAUCUGCUGCAUACGUGGAAUAGAAACGACUGGAAAGGCCGUGUAUGUGACGUCUACAUUGCCGUAUUUAGUUCUGACUAUCUUCUUGAUAAGAGGACUGACUCUGAAGGGAUCUGUCGAUGGCAUAAUAUUUCUCUUCACACCAGAUUUAAAUGAGCUGGCAAACCCCACCACAUGGCUGGAUGCAGGAGCACAAGUGUUUUAUUCAUUUUCUCUGGCUUUUGGGGGUCUCAUCUCCUUCUCCAGCUAUAAUUCUGUGCAUAAUAACUGUGAGCAAGAUGCAGUAAUCAUAUCUAUCAUCAAUGCAUUCACAUCCAUCUAUGCUGCUACUGUCAUCUACACCAUCAUUGGUUUCAGAGCUACAGAAAGAUUUGAUGACUGUUUAAGUGGAAACAUCUUGACUCUUUUGAACACAUUUGACCUGCCGGAGGGAAACAUCACUGAAAGCACCUAUGAUAUGGCUCUCCAGAGUCUAAACACCUCGUACCCUGACAUCAUCUCCAACCUCACACUUAAGACCUGUAAUCUCAACACCUUCCUCAGUGAGGGUGUCGAAGGCACAGGCCUGGCUUUUAUUGUGUUCACUGAAGCCAUCACGAAGAUGCCCCUGUCUCCGCUCUGGUCUGUCCUGUUCUUUGUCAUGCUCUUCUGCCUCGGUCUGUCCUCCAUGUUUGGCAACAUUGAGGGUGUCCUGGUUCCCCUACAGGACCUAAGGAUUCUCCCGAAAAGCUGGCCAAAAGAAGUUAUUUCAGGAAUAACGUGCUUGGUUUGCUGUCUGGUUGGAUUGAUCUUCGUGCAGGGCUCUGGAAACUACUGGCUGGCCCUGUUUGACAGCUUUGCUGGCUCCAUCCCUCUUCUCAUCAUAGCAUUUUGUGAGAUGGUUGGAGUUGUGUAUGUCUAUGGGAUAGACAGGUUCAAUGAAGACCUGGUAUUUAUGAUUGGACACAAGCCUAACAUCUUCUGGCAAGCUACAUGGAGAUUUAUUAGUCCUAUAAUCAUGUUAGCCAUCUUCAUCUUCUACUUUUCCACCGUCGUCACCAAAGAGAUAUUCUACAGUGCCUGGGACCCCGAAUCGGAAAAUUUCCCAGUCUUAGAAAAGAAGCCAUACCCAUCAUGGAUCUACGUAAUAAUCUUUUUCUUGGCUGGGAUUCCCAGUUUGUCCGUUCCUGGUGCUGCUGCUUUCAGAGCCAUACGAGAAUACUGCUGCAAUAAACAUCGCAGUGACUCAGUUAAAGAACUCGAUUUUGUAUCUUACAAAAUUCAUAUGGAGAAUGGAGAACCGAAAUCAGAAAAGUCUUACCAAAACCACUACGAGAACUAACUUGGAAAUUAUUUAUAAUCAGUUUAACACAUUUUAAAGGUGCACUGUGUAACUUUUAGGAGGAUCUCUUGAUAGAAAUGCAAUAUAAUAUACAUAAUAUACAUGUUGUUUUUAUUAUCUUAGAAUGAGCUGUUUUUAUCUACAUACACCGGUGGUCCCCUUACAUGAAAGUCGCCAUUUUCUGUCAUGUUUCUACAGUAGCCCUAAAUGGACAGACUGCUCUAUAUAGCACAAUUUGUCACUAUGUUGUCCCAGACGAUGACAUGUUUGUCCUGUGGCGGCUACCGUAGCUUCUCUAUGCGCUUUGAAAGGGAGCGGUGAGCGGUGGACUAAGCUAGAUGUUAAAACCUACACACAGCACCUUUAAAGAAUGUUAACUAAUUCAUCAGAAAGUGGGAAUACUGAUAGCAUUUUUGUACUUUUUUGACAGAUGUUUCAUUUGUUUUGAAUCCCAUACCAGCAUGUGGCUAUUUUAAUAGCAAAAACCUAAAUAUAAAGGUAAAACAAAUGAACAAGUUAAAAUCCAGAAUUUCACUGUGUGCGUGUUCCCUUAACAUCACAAUAACAAAGUGUGGUUAACGUUCCAGAAUAUUUUAGGUCUUUGUGAACUAAGACGCUCUCAACACAUAUUAAAUGUUCAUCAAACAUUUUAGCUCUAAAUCCACUUAAUCCUGUCUUUGAAUUACUGCAGAAUACAGAAUCCAUUAAGAGUCUAAUAAAAAAUGCUUAUUUACAUGAAAACAUCUUAGAGGCACUUCAGGUUUUGCAUCUGAGCUCGUCAUAUAUUUCUCUAUGGAAAAAUGUGAGCAUUCAGAAAAUAUAAUAUUUUAAAGAUUGUGUUAUUGGCAUAUGCAUUUAAAUUUAAAUAUAUAGAUCAGGCUUUGUAUUUAUUUUUAUAACAAAUCUAUUGAUAUUGUAUUUUGACUUUAUAUUGUAUACAAGCACAGUGUUUUUAAGAGCCAUACAUACUGUAUAUGUUCAAUUUUUAAUAAAGGAAUUUGUGUGUAUGUUGUUUAUCUUGUAA